AACUUCUCUUCUUGAUCGUGCCACUUUCACUGACACUCUCGACCUCCCAGAAAAGCGGGAAAGUCCGUUUUUUUUUUUUUAAACAUAAUAUUUUCAAAAAAAAAAAAAAGAAAUAAAAAAGAAAAGGGAAUAUGGCCAAUCAAUGUAAAGAAAAUCAAGCCCUUUUCUCUCUUCAGAAAGAAGAGGAAGAGAAGGAUUUUGAUCUAGGAUCCGAAGAGCCUGAGACCCCAUUUCCCUUUAACAUCACUUCUCGGGUGCUUUAUAUGUUGGGGGAUAUUACUGUGGGGCCGGCAUAUCGGUUCACAGAAUGGCUGGAGCUGGUCCGUAAACGCAGUGGCAAGAUCCGCUCAUCAGGGUUCCCUCGUCGUCCUCACAGAGCUGAUAUUAUGCUCUCAAGUCCAGAAGAGUCAAGUGCAGAUCUGAAAGACCCUCCACCCUCUGAACAAGCAGCAGAAGUGAGUUUGUGGGGUAGACUUGGUAAUGCUGCCAUGAUGGACAUUGAGUCGAACACCUUUUCCUGGAGCAUGCUCUCUUCUCUUCAUCAUACAGAGCACAGUAGUAGUACAGAACAGUCAGAGGAUGAAAUGAAUAAAGCACUAGAGGUCACUGUUAAUUCUGGUGGUGUAGUUUUUUUUGCACUGUUCAGCCAGCCUCAAAUUGACGAAUCUUCUCUUAAGGAAGCUGCAGCUGUUAUAAAGAUAUCAUCUUCAAGGAUGGCCACUCAAUCAGAGCGCCUGGGCUAUGAAUUUGCAAAGUGGCUAGGUGUUCGAACUCCACAAGCCCGGGUUAUUCACAACAGUAGUCCUGAGUGGUUGCAGAUCAAAGAAGCUGCAGAGAAAGCAAAAGAUGUAGCAAUCUCAGAAGGAGAUGAAAUUGCCGAGAUGACAUGCUCAGAACUCCUGGAAGCUCUUGAACUAAGCCGAUGCCUUUUAUUGAUGAAUUAUAUACAUGGAUCUCCUCUGCUGGAAAGCUCAAAUGUGUUUGAUUCCCAACAAGAUGCAGAAAAAACUGCAGCAGCACUUGGCAGGGUCAUGGUGUUGGACCUUGUCAUAAGAAAUGAAGAUCGCCUUCCAUGUCGUCAUCUCAGGUGGCGUGGGAACUCAGCAAACUUACUGUUAGCAGAUAAGAUGGCUGCUGCGAAUAUGGAUGCACAGGAGGUGGUCUUUAAUUCUCUAAUCAAUAGGUGCAGACCAGCGGUGAUUAAAGCAUUUCAAAAGGAAAGAAGAGCUUCUUCAAUAGAUGGCAAUUUGACCCCUCCUAGGGGUUCAGGAUUAGUAUCACAGCGUUCUGAUCUUUCUGAUGUCACCGAGUCUCCUAAAUCCAGCAAUUUAAGUGUUAAAAGUCUAAACUUAGAUGAGUCAACAUCCUCAGAUUUUCAUAUUGUGGCAAUAGACUCGGGGGUGCCCCGGAGGCCACCAGCUGGAAAACGUGCAAAUGACCAAGAAAUUUAUCCUGAGCUGGUAGAGCUCAUUAUCAACUGUUCUGAGUAUUCAUCAAACAUUUUGCAUGAGAUAACUGGUGGUAAAUUGGGAUCUCCCACUGAUGAUUCUGAGAUGAGAGUUGAUUCUCAUUUGGCUAAUAUGACUUCGAUUGUUCAUGACUUUCGAAAUGGAUUUCGUGCAGCUUUACGUGAGUUACAGGGAUUUCAUAUAUUUCUUCUCACCCUUCAUCAGAAAUUGGAAAACCUCUUGCGGGUGCUUAUCACUAUUAUUGAUAGAGCUUCUUCGGGGGAUCUUGAAAAAGAGGAACUGGUUGUUCCUGAGUCACCAUCACUAGCUGGUGGUUUCUGUGGCCAUUUACCAUCGCCACCAAGUAGGGAAAGGUUGGUUACUGACAACAAUUUGGAUUCAAAAAACAAUUUGAAUUCAAAUGAUUCAGACUUGCAAAGAUCAACACCUAGACCAUCAUCUUCAGGGUUCAAGGAGAGCUCAGAUGGCAGUUCUCCAGUUUUACGGGAGAGUUGGCAGGGAAAGUUUAGGGGCAGCGGAGAACCCCUGCAUAGUCUACGGUUGGCAUCAAAACUACGUGACUUCAACAAAUCUGCUAAGGUGGAUGCGGAAUUAAACAAAGAAUUAGAACAAUGGAAUGAAAUGCUGAAAAAUGAUGCAAUUAAGUUGUGCCUGGAAAACAAUUUUAACACAGGCUUCUUUGAAGGCAGUGAUAAUAAUUAUGUGGUUGAUGCAUAUGAGCUGAAGGUAAGGCUUGAGCACAUUCUUGAGAGAAUUGUGUUGAUAACUAAUGCUGCAAAUACAGAAAAACCAUCAUUGGUUUUAGACAGCCUGUUUAUUGGUGGGGCGCUUGCGGCUAGAUCUGUGUACACUCUGCAACAUUUAGGAAUUACACAUAUCUUAUGCCUCUGCACCAAUGAAAUUGGACAGUCAGACUCUCAGUUUCCUGACGUAUUUGAGUACAAAAAUUUUUCUAUAUGUGACAAUGAGGACAGCAACAUUAGUGAUCUGUUUGAGGAAGCACACGAUUUCAUUGAUCAUGUUGAAAAAAUAGGCGGGAAGGUUCUUGUUCAUUGCUUUGAAGGGAAAAGCCGUAGUGCAGCUGUAGUUCUUGCUUACUUAAUGCUCAGAAAAAACUUCAGUUUAUUGCGAGCAUGGAAUGCCCUGAAGAGAGUUCACCGUCGUGCCCAACCUAAUGAUGGUUUUGCAAGGAUACUUUUGGAGCUAGACAAGAAGUUGCAUGGUAAGGUUUCGAUGGAAUGGCAACAACGACGGCCAACAAUGAAGGUAUGUUCCAUCUGUGGGAAGAAUGCGGGGCUUAGCAGCAGUUCACUCAAACUUCACCUGCAGAAAGCACAUAAGAAGUUGUCAUCUGGCAGCGUCGAUAGUGCAAUGACAAUGGAAAUACAGAAAGCCCUCAAUACGCUAAAACUCAAUCGAGGCGCAAGUGUGAGCCCACCACCCCCACCAAGGAAUUCUCACUCAAACAUUCAUUAGCAAGCUUCUGGCCUCCUCUUACUUUCCUGUUUCCUGAAGAAGCUGCAGGCACGCAUUUUUGUAUUCCCUGCCUGCAUACUCUAUGUUUGAACCACUUGUUGAUUUUUUAUUUUUUUUUUGAAUGACAAGGAAACGAGGGUGUGCUUUGUAUAAACCUAGCACUGUGAUUCUAGUCGACAAAGGAACAUAACGAGAUACAACUUAGAUUGUCUAUAGCUGAAGACUAUUCCGGCUAGAGUCUGACAACUUGUAAUUUUGUAAUUAUCAAGUCAACAGUUUACAUUGUAACUUUAGCUGACAAUAAAGUAAACCAGAUUAGAUUGUUUAUA